AUGAUCAUCUAUGCUUCCAAUCAUGUUGAUUCCAGAAGGGAGUUAUGGUUGGAACUGGUGGUUUUGUCUGAUAGCAAUGAGCUGAGGGGCAAACCGUGGAUUGUCCUGGGUGAUUUUAAUCAGGUACUUCACCCAACUGAGCACUCUAAGUACAGCUCUGUGAAUGUGAACAGGAGGAUAAGAGAAUUCUGUAAUUGCUUGUUGGAGGCAGAUCUAAGGGACCUGAACUUCAGAGGAAAUACUUACACUUGGUGGAAUAAGCGUACUGCCAAGCCAGUAGCAAAGAAGUUGGACCGCAUUCUGGUGAAUGAUCAGUGGAAUGUUGAUUUCCCUUCUGCGGUGGCUACUUUUGGCUCUCCUGAUUUCUCGGAUCAUGCUUCUCUAUCAGUGGUUCUGGAUCCUCUUAUCAACAGGCCGAGGAAAUCUUUCAAGUUCUAUAACUACCUUUUAAAGAAUAAAGAAUUCCUGCCCCUUGUGAGUCCUUUAUGGUAUUCUUUCAAUGUUGUGGGCUCUGUGAUGUUUCGGGUCUCCCAGACAUACUGUACAUAA